GCCUCUGCCGGCGGGGCUGGUCGCCUCCACAACAGCGCGGCCUGUCCGGGCCGGCUGCCGCCAUGGGGAAGAAACACAAGAAGCACAAAUCGGACAAGCACCCUUACGACGAAUAUGUAGAAAAGCCUCUGAAGCUGGUGCUGAAAGUUGGAGGAAGUGAAGUUGCUGAGCUCUCUACUGGAAAUGCAGCACUUGAUUCCAGCUUGUAUGAUGACAAAUCUGAACAUGAAAAACACAAGGACCGAAAAAGGAAAAAGAGAAAGAAAGGAGAAAAACAAGUUCCUGGAGAAGAAAAGGAGAAAAGAAAGAGAAAAGUCAAGGAGGAUAGAAGAAAACGAGAUCGAGACCAUGCUGACAGUGAGGGAGAGCAGGAAAUGAAAUGUCAGACUCCCAUCAGAUUGGAGCUGCCACCAGAGAAACCAUUGACAAGUACUUUAGCAAAACAGGAAGAGGUGGAGCAGACACCGCUUCAGGAAGCUCUGAAUCAACUCAUGAGACAGCUGCAGAGAAAGGAUCCAAGUUCUUUCUUUUCAUUUCCUGUGACUGACUUUAUUGCCCCUGGCUAUUCCAUGAUCAUUAAAAACCCAAUGGAUUUUAGUACCAUGAAAGAGAAGAUCAAGAACAAUGGGUACCAGUCCAUAGAAGAAUUAAAGGAUAACUUCAAACUGAUGUGUACCAACGCAAUGAUUUACAACAAACCAGACACCAUUUACUACAAAGCUGCAAAAAAACUGCUGCACUCAGGGAUGAAGAUACUUAGCCAGGAGAGAAUACAGAGCCUGAAACAAAGUAUAGAAUUCAUGGCUGACCUGCAGAAGGCAAGGAAGCAGAAGGACAAGACGGAACUGCAGCAAACUGGGGAAGAUGAAAACGGUCCUGGGAAAGACAAAGGAGAACCUGUGGACAGUGAUACCAAAGCGUUCAAAACACCUAGCAAAGAACACAAAAAGAAGGACAGAGAGCUCCUUGAAGACAAAUUACGAAACAACAGCUUGGAAAGGGAGCAGGAGCAGAUUGAUCGCAUUGUUAGAGAGUCUGGAGGGAAGUUAACAAGGCGGCUUGCAAACAGCCAGUGUGAAUUUGAAAGAAGAAAACCAGAUGGUACAACAACUCUGGGCCUUCUCAAUCCAGUUGACCUUACUGCAGGAGAGCCAGGCUACUGCCCUGUAAAACUGGGUAUGACAGCAGGGAGACUUCAGUCAGGAGUUAAUACAUUACAGGGUUUCAAAGAAGAUAAAAGAAACAAGGUUACUCCAGUGACGUAUUUGAAUUAUGGACCAUAUAGCUCCUAUGCUCCAACCUAUGACUCUACGUUUGCCAACAUAAGCAAAGAAGAUUCUGACUUAAUCUAUUCAACCUACGGGGAGGACUCUAAUCAAGGAGCUUUCAGUAUUCAUGAUUUUUUGAUGAAAUCCCAAGACUACCCUUUCUUAAUGGCUGAUAGUUUACUCGAUGUUCUAACCAAAGGAGGACAUUCCAGAGCUCUCAGAGAGCUAGAAACGCCACUGGAGGAACCUGAAGGGCCACAUGAAAGAAGUGAUGCAAUAAAGGAUGUGAAGAUCAUGGAAAUUGAUAUUGCUGCCAGGUUGGAUGCUGCCAGUAACGACAGACUUACGGCACUCAAAGCAGUUACAAACUUCAGCAUGCCUGUAGAAGAGUUCGAUUCCAAGGAGGCUGAAAUCUUCCAGAGGAAACUUGAUGAAACAACAAAGCUUCUCAGAGAACUCCAGGAUGCUCAAAAUGAACGACUCAGUACCAAACCACCCCCUAACAUGAUUUGCCUUCUGAGUCCAUCCUACAGAGAACUGCACUUGGCGGAGAGAGUAACUAGUAACCUGAAAGAGCUUGCACAACAAGUGACACCAGGUGAUAUUGUUAGCACCUACGGAAUCCGGAAAGCAAUGGGAAUUUCAGUCCCUUCACCUGAUACAGAAGACAGUUGGGUGGAUUUGACAGAAGACUUUCAGGAGCCCAGAAGGACCAUCACUGUCCCUGACGAGUGCGGCCCAGUUACGGUCUGAAGCUAUGGUUCAGUUUACAGCCAUUUGUUUGAUUCUGUUUAGGAACCAGCUGAACUUCCUUCAGGUGCAUUCACCAAGCAGGUGGAUGUUGUGUGUUAAAUUGCUUUUGUUGAUUACAUUUUGGAACUGAUGACAUUUGGAAUGGAAUGGUUUGUAUGAGAGUUACUUCUGCUACAUAAAUGCCCUAAAUUAUUAUUUUUGCUUUUUUACAAUACUAAUUUCAAUACACCUCUGCAGCAUUUAAGUUUUCCUAGGUGGUUAAGUGUCUGGAAAAGGAAGUGAAAACUCUGUGUGCCUAUAGAUGGGGCAGGGACUCAACCAAAUGUUUCUAAAAGCAAUGUAUAGAUGCUGUGUCGGCACCGACCUGGUACAAAAAUCAUUAGUGUCUGAACAUGCAAGUUUCCCUUUUUAAAACUGCUGUGCAAAUCCUGUGAUCAUGAGGAAGAGAAAUAAACUUUUUAAAUAAAACUUAUGCAGCCU